CUGUUCUCUUCCUUCCAAGCAUAAAAUCAAGGAUUCCUCUCUAAAGUGUUAAAGGGAAGGAACGCAGUCCAGUCCUGAAGCGAGUGUUGUCCGUGUUGUGAAAGGCUGGUACUUGAUUCUUCUCUACUUGUGUCCUCCAUCCUGUCUUAGUAUGAUAGCUUGACAAACCUACAUACAAGUGCCUCCUGUGCGGUAAAAAUGUCUCUGCUUUGCUCUUCAUCUCGUGUAGCUCCCCCCUUGUCACAGACCAAACUGUCAAGUCCACGUUUUCUGAAACUCAAAACACGUACCUUAACUCUAUGUUCUUCCAUCAGCUACACUAAUGUCAGGAAGCACAUCAGUUACAUGUUCGCAGAAUCACAUAAGUUUGGUAGGCUAACAAAGAGUCAGAUACUAGUUAGUCCGGAGUCUUUUACAGAGAACAGCACAAUAGAUAUGGAUUGGGAAGAUCAAGAGGACGUGGAGGAUACCGGUUCACCAUGGGAAGGUUCGAUUAUGUACCGGAGAAAUGCUUCAGUCACACACGUUGAAUACUGCACCACCUUAGAGAGGCUUGGGUUGGGGAAGCUGUCUACUGAGGUCUCGAAGAAGAGGGCUUCUUCGAUGGGACUUAGAGUGACAAAAGAUGUCAAGGAUUUUCCGGACGGGACACCCGUUCAAGUUUCGGUUGAUGUCAUAAGGAAGAAGAAGAAGCUGAGACUCGAUGGGAUUGUCAGGACCGUUAUCACACUUGGCUGCAACAGAUGCGGUGAGGAAGCAGGUGAGAGCAUCUUCUCCAACUUCUCGUUGUUACUAACCGAAGAGCCAGUUGAAGAACCGGAUGUCAUUGAUCUAGGAUUCACUUUCGGUAAUGACAAAGCCAAUUCCUUUUCUUUGGACGACGGAGAAGAAGAUGAGGAUGAGGAUGAUGAGAUAGAUUGGGAGGAUAAGCUCCAUUUUCCACCUGAGGUGAAAGAAGUAGAUAUCUCAAAGCAUAUAAGAGACUUGGUGCAUUUAGAGAUCACCAUGAACGCUAUAUGUGAUCCUGCGUGUAAAGGAAUGUGCUUGAAGUGCGGUGCGAAUCUGAAUAAGAGGAAGUGUGAUUGUGGCAGUGAAGAGAAGGAUAAAGGAUAUGGACCUCUUGGGAACCUGAGAAAGCAAAUGCAACAGAAAGAGGGUCUUAGAAACUAAACACCCAACAACUACUUUUUUUUGGAUUUGUAUCUUUUCUUUCUCGGUUUACUGUUAUAAAACCUCAAACUCAAAUGUACCGAAAAUUUCAUUAGAGAAUCUGAAGUGGCUAAAGCUUUAGUUCAAGCUCAUCAUUCAGCGUA